AGAAGUGUCCAAACCCCAAAUGUCUUCUAUGCAAGCAAGCAAAGGCACCAUCAACAAAUCAUCAAGCCCAUCUUGGAGGGGAGCACUGAAGAUCUGAGGAGGGAGAGAAAUGGGAAGAGCUCCUUGCUGUGACAAGGCAAAUGUGAAGAAAGGCCCAUGGUCACCUGAAGAAGACUCAAAGCUUAAGGAGUAUAUUGAGAAAUAUGGGACUGGGGGAAAUUGGAUUGCUCUCCCACAAAAAGCUGGUCUUAAGAGAUGUGGGAAAAGCUGCAGAUUGAGAUGGUUGAACUAUCUCAGACCCAACAUUAAACAUGGAGAAUUCUCUGAUGAUGAAGAUAGGAUCAUCUGCAGCGUCUUUGCUAGCAUUGGAAGCAAGUGGUCAGUAAUAGCAAAUUACUUGCCGGGGAGGACUGAUAACGAUAUCAAGAACUACUGGAACACUAAGCUGAAGAAGAAACUCAUGGGGAUGGUGCCUGUAUCUCAGAGAAAACCCCAUCAAGCUACCUUCUCUCAUCACCUUCAAACCUAUUCAUCGUUAUCAUCACCUUCACAUGCGGUAACAACAACAGCAACCUCAUCAUCAUAUGAAAGCAACAGCAGCAACCCUUAUUACACUCCAGCAGCUCCGACCCCAACGUCAUUCGCACGUCUUGAACCCAUUUCAUCAAUCCCAUCAAGCCUUUUGAACAUCAACACUGGUUCCACAGCUGCUGCUGCUAUUCAUCCCCAGGAGGGCUUUGCGAGUCCUAUACAUCAUUACCAAGUGAAAGACAAUCUUCUCAUUGAAGCUAGUUCUAGUUCUGAUGAUGGGAGCGGAAGCAACCAAAUCAGUCAUGGCAAAGAGCCGGAGUAUGAUCAGUAUGGUGCUGUUGGUGGUAGAUACGAGCAACUGGGUUUUCAGAAUUAUGUCUACACUGGGCUUGAUGAUCAAAACCAGAGGUUCAUGAUUUCAAAUAGUAGUGGAGGUGGCGGUGGUAGUGGUAGUCAUGGGUGGACUGAUCAGAGGCCAAAUGGGAUGUUGGGAGAAACUCCAUUAGACUUAGGUCUUGAGGAGUUUAAGCAGCUUAUUAGCGCUAAUCUCUGUAACAACUUUUCCUUCGAUGAAAACAAGACAGAAGAAAGAGUCGUGUACUACUGAUGCUGACUGUGAGUAGAAUCAGAAAGAUUUCAAGGGUAAGGUGUGGUGGAUGGGCUGAAGAUUCAGAUUUAGACUGAGUUUGUGGGGGGAGUUAUGAGAGUUGUUCUUUUGAUGGAACUUGGAAGCACUUUUUUUUGACAGUACAUGGUAAAAGUUUCCUUUGUGCAUUUCUUUUUGGGAAGUGAUGUAUGUGUUAGUACAGUUAACUGCACCCAUUCAGAAAAUAAAUGUCAUGGAAAGUAGGGAACCCCAUCAUCUUUUCAAGAAUCAAACUUCAAAGCAGGCAUGCUGCAUGCAUGUUUCUUUCUUUAUUUAUUCCUACA